AUGGAUCAGAAUGGAGUCGACCAAAUAGUUGGUUCUCUACAAAUUAUCUACAAUCCCCAGUCAACCAAUGAGGACCGACACAAGGCCCAGGAGUUCCUGGAAACAAUAAAAAAGAUCCCUGAGUCUCCGUUCUGGGGUUACCUACUCGCUCUCCCAGACAGUAAACACGACUUCAUAGUGAGACAUUUUGGGUUAAAUCUACUUUCCAAUGCAAUCGUGAAAGAUUUCUCUGCCUGGGACUUGGAAAAACAAGUUGCCGUUAGAAACUGGGUGAUCGAACUGGCCACAAAAGUUUCUCCUCAAGACCCUCACUACAUGAAGGAGAAAGUGGCCUUUCUCUGGGUCGAGACCGCAAAGAGAUGCUGGGGUCUUUGUCUCUCAAAAGAAGAAGAGGAAAUCGCUCUCAAAGAUAAGUCGUACUCAGAACAAGAAAGACUUGAAAGUUGGGCAUCAAUGGACUCCAAUCUACUAGACCUAUGGAACCACAGCCUCAUCUCCAGGGAACUAUCUUUGAUCAUAUUCCGUGCAUUGUUCGAGGACGUUUAUUUGCUCGAUGAUCCUGUCGUGUCACAGCGAAACAAUGUUUUGUCGUCUCUAUGCCCCGAAGUUGUGACAUCCGAACAAGUUCUCCUGUUAAAAUACGAACCAAACGAGUCUCUCCGUAUAUUUGCCGCAUCAAGUGAAGGCUGGCUCAACAAAUGGUCGACUUUUCUCGAAGAAUGUAUCGACUAUAUGCUCAAUCAUCCACAAUCAACAACUGAUGAAACUUACAAAAGCUUUUACAAUUUCGCCGUCAAGAUUCUCCAGGUUUUCAAAACCAGCUUGUACUGGAUCUUACCAAUAGCAUUUCGCUCUGCAGGAGUGCUCGAAAAACUUAGCCGUUUAUUGAGAAUCGACGAUGUGCAAAUAAAAACCCUUACUGUUGAUUGUUUGCAGGUCCUAUUUACCAGAUCGUAUUCGGAAGAGGCAGACUUCAAAGAAGUUCUUGGAUCAAUUUUCCAAACCGAAGGCUUGGCAAUGCUUUUCAAGGUCUUUGAAGAAAUACGUCUAGAUCCAGACGAUGUCGAUGAGAGUGAAUACACCUUGCUGAAAAAACUAGUCGAGAUGAUUGUGGGGCUCAGUGAGUAUUUCCAAUUAUCUGAUGGAAAUAGUAAGUUCAAACUCCCGGAGAAUGCCGACGUCUUGAACUAUUUCAAACUCGUUCUCGAAACCACAAAGCAUCAGUCUCUGGUGAUCUCUGGGCUAUCGUUACAAUUCUGGUGUUCAAUGCUUAGAAUCGAUGAACUCAGUGACAAAUCUGAUUUUGAACAAAUCAUGCCAGACCUUCUCGAAACCACAGCCAGCCGUCUCAUCAAUUACUCAGACUACGAUGAAGAUUGCGUCGAAAAGAAAAUGCUUGAAAUCGACUUUGAAAGUCAGUCCGAAGCAACCACAUUCCUAAGCAAUUACAAAAAGUUGAGCGACGACAUCGUGAGGAUAAUCAUUUGCAAGAAACCAAAUGAUGGACUCCAAUGGCUUGCAAACAGACUGAACAAGUUUUAUUCCUCACCUGUUGGAUCGCAAGCUCUCAAUGACUCGAAACUGGUGUACAAGGGUAAAAACUCAGAACCGUUCGUUUAUGGAUACGCACAAUUCGUCACCAUUGAAGCUUGCGUUCGAGGAAUCUCUCGUUGGCUGAUUUGGUGCCAGGAUGAGGAUAUGGAGAGCAAGAAAGAAUAUCUGAUCGGCCAGGUGGACGAGCUAUGCAAGAUGCUGUUAUCCAUGACAGUUAAAGACCCAAUGUUGUUGCGCAAACAAAUCCAAACAUUGGUUCAGUUCACUCCUCUAUUAAAGGAUGCCUCUGGAACCAUGUUCAAAGUGUUGGAAAAAGUCAUGGAAUCAUGUACAUUUGACUAUCCUGUUGAUGCUACUGAUGAUGAACGGGAGUUGAUUAGAGACCUCAGAACCAGUGGCGGUACAGAGCUGAACAGACUUGCAUACUUGAUGCCCGAAUCAUUAAAAGACAUUCUCUCAGAGCUGGAGGCUGCUAUUGCAUCCAUUUUGAGCUCCAAGAAACUCAGCGACCACGAAGCCGUCGCAUUCAAAUCUUUCCUUCUCGUGGUUUCGCAAAGAUCUUCCAUUGACAACAAAGCUCAACGGUUUGCAAACAUUGUUGACCCGGAGUUGGUUGCAUGGUCUAAUACUGCCACCGAAAAAGGCUUGUUAGAGCUUCACUGGUUUAUGGAAAGAUUGGGCAUUGUUCGGAUAGCGGAUUACUUCCAAUCGCGCGGAAUUACUGCGAGUACCGAUCUUUUGCAGGCUGAGAUGGACGAGAGAGGACGCGAACUGAAGAUCGAGCUCAAGGACCAUUGGUCUUCGGUUUUCCCUAUUCGUGCCACCAGAAUUUUUAUCCAAUACAGUAUAGAGAAGCUUGACCAUCAAUCGGACACUUAUCAAGAUCUUUUGAAGUUAUGGAAGCCUAGAAUCAAGCCGAUUUUACCACACAUUUUGCAACUGAUCUAUCAGAUUCAAGCUUAUCACAAUCCAGCUAACUGGGAAGGACUUCCUACGGAAGUUCAAUCUUUUGUGAAACAUAGUUGUAUGGAAAGAUUCUGGCAACAAGGGGUCUCUAUCCAAUCCAAGGAGUCUUUCAUGGAUGAAAGUGUCAAAGCCAUGCACACAUUGAGAGAUUUUGCUGACAGCGUUGGACACAUUGUCAGAUAUACCAGAGAGUACGCAUAUCUUACAAUUAGUUCUAUUUCAGAACUGGAGGAAACUCUUUACGAGAUUCCUGACUGUGCCAAUCUUCUAUGGAAAGCUUUAACAGGAGAGCCUGUUGGCAUCACCCUUCAUUCAUGGAGACACAUGCUCAACUUGGUGAUCAGAAGCGUGAUUAAGAACUGUCCAAUAUCACAUCUGAGCUCUUUCAUGGUCGAGCUGCUUCCACAAGUGCUCAAUACAAUUGACGCGUUGUUGAUUUCCAAAUGGGAUGCUGUUUUCAGAAAAGGACUCCAAUUGGAAGGAAACGAGAGUGACGAACAGCUGAGCGAAGAAAUGAUGGAAGAACACAUGCUACGUCAGCUCACAGCCGUCGUUGAUAGGAUGUUGAUCGAUCUUGUUGGCCAACAAGCUCCAGCAAGCUUGAACCAGAGACAAUUGAAAACCAGAGAGAUCAUCUUUGGAGACUUGAACCUUUUGGCCCCGCUAUUAAACCUGUUGUGCCAUAUCAUCAAUUUUAAAGAUACCAGAUGCUCUUUCAACGCAAUUUUGAUUGUGAAACAUAUGGCGCAGGAUCUGAUUUCUUUGAACAACGAUGCAGUGGACAAAUAUCUAUCUGAACAUGUCAUUGAGACUCUACUUGGAGUUUUGGUGGACAAGUUUUAUGUCGACGCUCAUCCAGAAGCUGCCUACACGUUGACUAUAUUGUACAUGGGAUUGAGAUACAAAUCUUCUUAUCCUGCAAUGAUUCUCCAGAAAUGUCUUGAUAUCAGUAACAAGGACAUGAACCAAUUCGAAAUGGUGUUGAUGAACUGCAAGAAGCUACGCGAAAGACGUAAUUGUCUGUUACAACUGGUGGAGAACUCGAGCAACAAUGGCGAUUCUGACGAACAAAAGAUGAAAGAUCGGAAGAAACAGGUCGAAAGUGCUCAACAACGGCGGAGCAAGAAAGGCUCUGGAGAAGACGUCAUGGAUGAUCCGUUGACGGAAAAGACAUUGAACAACAUGUUCGGGGACGAUAUGGAAUGA